UGGAAGGGGCAUCACGAGGAGCCGGCGCAGGCAAGAGCGAAUGGAACGCGCGAAAAACUAUGAGAAGUGAGACGAAACUCCAAAGAGAACGUGCGUCGCUAAGCUGACUCGUCAUUUCGAAUCUCGUUAAUUUCUCAUCGCGGCUGCAAUAUUUGCGAAAAUUAAUAACCCUCGCGUAGCGCCAUGAGCCGAUCGAUAGACGCCCCGUGAACGUUCUUCCGAUUCCGCUCUGAUUAAAUUUUGUAAAACGAAUAUUUGAAAUCAGAAGUGGUCGAGAAGGUGGACGGGACUUGGAGGAUCGUUGUCGUUUGGGAGAAAAUAGAGGACGGGAAAACGUAAAGGGAAAAAUUGAAAAACCUCCUUCGCCGAACGUUCGUCCAAAAGAAAUCAUUCGGAGAAUGCCAGUUGCGUACGACACCGGUGAAGCAGAUGUUAAAUCCACAUUGAUGUACAACAACCAGACCGACAGAAUUCCAACGACAUUUUUGCUCCUCCUACGUGAUAAAAGAACUUCGAGAAUUACUAAGAAAAAAUAGAAAAUCUUCCUAAAAAGGAGACUAUUGAUUGUCGUCGCAAAAAAUAUAAACGAAAGGUAGGGGAUUCGGCGAACGAAAUCUUCCAAUUCCUUAGCCACAAAUUAAUGAGGAUUUCAAGAAGAUUUAAUUCUACGAUUUCCACCACCUACGAUUACAAUUCGAGAUAUUGAAACCAGCGGCACCAGCGGCAGCAGCGCUCAGCUUUUAGUUUCAACCGCAGUUUGGCCGAGUGCGCAUAACGGGUAGUACGUAGUGUUCGUCGGGUAUUCUUGCUCCGGAUGAAUAAAAUGAUUAAAUGAAACUAUAAUUAAAUACGACUGCAAUCAAAUGAAACGAAUGCCACGAAUAAUUAAUCGGUAAAAAUAACAAGCGGAAAUGAAGUGUGAACGAAAAGUGUGAUAUCUUUUUAACGGGGUACCCAACGAGUUCGAUUGAAAAAAAGAAAAGUGUUUUUUCUCCCCCUCGAUUAUCGAAAUUAUUAUUGUUUUUGAAUGUGAUUAAAAAUCGAAAACAAAAAUUAAAUAGAACGUACGAGUAUCCCUGUGGGGGUAACAAACUGAAAUACAAAAUUAAAUCGCCACCGUAUAAAUUCGUUAGAAAUUUUGGGGGGUUUGUUCUAUUUUAUCUUGUUAUUUUUGUUUUGUGACGAAAAUUAAUACAAAGAUAUGGCGGACGUUGAGAUGACAAAUUUCGUCGUCAUGCAAGCGCCUUUUCUGGCAUGCGUUAUAUCGAUAUUAUUGGGAGCCAUCGGUCUCGCCAUCGCUUACUACAUAAUCGGGCGUGGGACAUCCGAGAAAAAUGAAAAAGAUAAAUUGUCCGAAAACGCUAAAUUAACGACAAACUCGGAUGACCACAAACCCGCGAGUAACGAGACAUCGACAUCCUCGUCUACCGCAAAACGCGUGAAAAAUAAAAAGAGACGAGAAGCACAACAGGAAUUCACGCACUCGUGGAUGGUUGGUGCUUUAAAGGGUCACGCAGCACCGGUUCUUGAUAUGGAUUAUUCCAGCAACGGAAAAUUCCUCGCGAGCUGUGCCGAAGAUUGCGACUUGGCGCCGGAAGAGCUGGACCCUGGCGGCGGCGGCGGCGGAGGUGGAGACGGAGAUGAGGAAGUUACCGGAGGACCGAGAUCCGAAUGUCCUCUGCUCGCCCAACCGUCGAGAAAAUUGGGCGGAAAGGAAACGGCCCAAGUACAAACGCCGGUAAAACGCGAGCGCGCGAUCCUCAGCCGAAGACAGAGAAAGAAUCGAACCAGGACACCGAGGGACGUCGUGAGCCAGAGGACGUGCAACAACGGUAACAACAAUAGCAACAAUAGCGGUAAUUCUAGCGGCGUGGACACGUCGAAUUCGAGCCCGAGCAACACCCCACCCGGUGUCAGGAGGAAUCGAGGGCCCAACGCCCCCGCGUCCCUCAAGGAGACGGCGAACGGAUCGAACGCGGGAACGGGCGGGAACAACGGCGGGAACAAGGUAUCCUCCUCGAAGUCCAGGAAAUCCCGGAAUUCGAACGGAGGGGCAAGAGAGCGUAACGGGGCGAGCAAGAUCCACCAGAAACUGAAUCUCAGCGACGCCGUCAUCGCCGCGUUGAUGAGACGCUACGUCCUCAGGGCGGACCAACUGGUCGACAUGGGUUACCCGGUCGAGGGGGACUUCUGUCCGGGCAGAGCGGUCAUAUUCAAGGACGGUUUCAACUUCCGUCAACUGCAGCAGAACCUGGACGCGAACGCCCGCGAGUUCGUUCCCGACGUUGGUAAGAGUUACAGCGAAAUAUCGGCCUCCUGGAAAGCCGAGAGAGCCGAAAGAUCGGAGCUCAGCGGGGACAGCGGUCACUGCAGCGUAAGUUCGUUAGAAAGUUCGGACGGCGAGCCCGAAAGUUCGGACUGCAGCGACAAGGCGUCCGACAUAGCCGACGGCACCGACUCCUCCUCGUCCUCUUCGUCCUCCGACUCAUUCGCGGGAUCAUUGGAACGCACCUGCGCGAGAUGUUACAGGGGCUUCAACGUCAGUCCGGAGACGGGGGAAUACCUGAGCAAGGAACGCUGCGUCUACCACUGGGGCAAACUCCACGACAGAGAAUGGCUGUGCUGCGGGGGCGUCGACGUUUCCAAGGGCUGUUCGUACGCGAAGAUGCACGUGUGGAGCGGUCUGGUCAACGGGAUAAACGGACCGUUCGAAGGCUACGUACGUACGAAACCGCGUAAAACACCACCUAACGACAGUUGUUACGGUAUAUACGCCGUUGACUGCGAAAUGUGUUAUACGCUCAACGGUUUAGAAUUGGCCAAAGUAACCGUUGUGGGUAUAGACGGUCGUUUGGUGUACGACACGUUGGUUAAACCGGAGGCUGAGGUUAUCGAUUACAAUACGAGAUUCAGUGGGAUAACGGCGAAGGAUUUGUCAAAAUCGCAUAAAACAUUGAGAGAUGUACAAAGUGAUCUUAUGGGUUUCCUGAACGCCGACACUAUUCUGAUAGGUCAUGGUCUGGAGAACGAUUUGAAAGCGUUGAGGAUAUUGCACACGACGUGCGUGGAUACCGUUAUUUCGUUUCCUCAUUACUUGGGACUCCCUUACAGAAGGAGUUUAAAAUCACUCGCCAGGUCACUUUUGAGACGCGACAUACAAACCGGUCAUCACGACUCAUUGGAAGACGCGAGGACAGCCGCUGAACUUAUGUUGUGGCGAUUGAUAAGAGAUUUGUCUUAACGGAUAUCCCAUCACCUGUAAAACCGAGACCGUAAUCUUCUUUUUCCUUCCCUUAACUUUCCAACGACAAAUGUAGAAGAAAAACAACAAAAAUCAAAUACCACGAAACGGUAAAAACAGGACUCAUACUUAUAUUUACGGAUUGGGACCGAAACGCACUGCAAUUACUGUGAUAUAAAAUUCACCCACCAGCCAUUCAUUAUUUCACCUAAUAUUUUUUUUUUUUUUUUUCUGCUCUUCGGACGCGCUACUACUUUAACUAUUUCAUCAUUAUAUAAAAACGUACACCUUCGUUCCGCCGUUUUUUCUUUUCUUUUUAUUUAACGACCACUUUGUACGUCACACUCUUGAUUAUUUUUAUUUCUUUUCCCCUAAUUUGGCAAAAUCAAUCGAAUCUCAAUUAUUAUUAUUAUUCAUUCAUUAUUAUUAAUAAUAUUUUUCCUAUCUUCGAAUCAAUUAUAAAUAAUUGAAUCCUCAGUUCCCUCGUCGUCGUUGUUGUUGUUAUUAUUAUUAUUACCGGAGUAAAUCUUUUUUUUUUUUUUUACUUUUUUUCGUUAACGAGUAAUUAGCGUUAUCAUUAGUAUCGUAAUACGUAAAAGCGUGUGAUUCCUAUUUAUUAAGUAAACCCUAUGUAAUUAUAUAUUUAAGCGAUAAUUAUGGACGAACAUUAUUAUACAAAUGUAUACCCAUAUAAGUCCCAUAUACUCUUUUCAGAAACAAAAAGCAAAAAAACUACAAAAAAAUGACAUUGAUAAAACGAACACAAUAACUCAUCGCGAAGUACGAAACAGCUAUUUUCACGAUCAUUACUAUCAUUAAUACUUUCAUCGUCAUUAUUAUUAUUCUUAUUAUUAUUAUUAUCAUUAUUACUAUUAUUAUUAUUACUAUUAUUAUUAAAAUUACACGCGUUUCGUGUAAAUAAUAUGGAGAUUAUUACGCGUAUAGGUAUACUUGUUAUCGUUAUGAAUCAUUUGUGAUAUACAAAGAUAUUAUGUAUCUGAAGAAAAAAGAAAACAGAAAGAAUUGCCAAAUUUCUGACAGAAAAAACAGGAACAGAGAGAGAAAGAGAGAUGUUGAAAGAGGAAGAAAAAUAGAAGAGUAUAAAAAAUGAGGUAAAUUUAAUCAAUAGACCGUCUCAAAAAUCCAAUUCGCCGCAGUAUAAUAAUUUGAUAUAAUGAUACGAAAAAUUGAAUGUAGGUACAUACGUACGUACGUUGCGUAGAAAAGAAGU